GGGGGCGGGGCGGAGGCGGGGCCGGGGGACCCCGCGCGACCGGCGGAAGGAGGGAGGGGGCCGCGCUCGGCUCCCCGGCCGGGCCACUGGGCCACAGGCCACGCGGCCACGCAGCCCGAGCGGGAGCUGAGCCGGGCGGGGAGAGGGCAGCUCCGUGUUUCUCUGAGUUCUCCCCAAGGGAAGGUACACCCGGGGAUGGAAGUGCUUGGACGCGGUGCUGCUGGCUGCGGAUGUGCAUGAGGAGAUGGGACGGAGAGCCCAAGUUGGCAUUCGUAUAAAUGACCUGCCUGGCUCCCACCAUGAGCGCUGAGCUCAAUGUGCCUGUCGACCCCUCUACUCCUGCCUGCCCGGAGCCCGGCCACAAGGGCAUGGAUUACCGGGACUGGGUCCGCCGCAGCUACCUGGAACUGGUCACCUCCAACCACCACUCGGUACAGGCCCUGUCGUGGCGGAAGCUCUACCUGAGCAGGGCCAAGCUGAAGGCCUCCAGCAGGACCUCUGCCCUCCUCUCCGGCUUUGCCAUGGUGGCCAUGGUGGAGGUGCAGCUGGAGACACAGUACCAGUACCCUCGGCCGCUGCUGAUUGCCUUCAGCGCCUGCACCACGGUGCUGGUGGCCGUGCACCUGUUCGCCCUCCUCAUCAGCACCUGCAUCCUGCCCAACGUGGAGGCCGUGAGCAACAUCCACAACCUGAACUCCAUCAGCGAGUCUCCGCACGAGCGCAUGCACCCCUACAUCGAGCUGGCCUGGGGCUUCUCCACCGUGCUAGGCAUCCUGCUUUUCCUGGCCGAGGUGGUGCUGCUCUGCUGGAUCAAGUUCCUCCCCGUGGACGCCCGGCGCCAGCCUGGCCCCCCGCCCGGCCCCGGGAGCCACACGGGCUGGCAGGCCGCGCUGGUGUCCACCAUCAUCAUGGUGCCCGUGGGCCUCAUCUUCGUGGUCUUCACCAUCCACUUCUACCGCUCUCUGGUGCGCCACAAAACGGAGCGCCACAACCGCGAGAUCGAGGAGCUCCACAAGCUCAAGGUCCAGCUGGACGGGCAUGAGCGCAGCCUGCAGGUCGUGUGAGGGGCUGAGGGCCGGGGCUGGGGGCGGCCCUGUACCCGGGAGCCCGCAGAGGCGGGGCUUUGUCAGAUGCAGACAUUUUGCAAGGCUGCCGGGUAGUUCCAGACCAAAGUUUUCCUCUUGUCUUAAUACCAUAAGCACUGGAUGACUUCUCCUGAGAUGGAACCAUCUGGUUCAACGAGGGACUGUGUUGCUAAGAGCAUUGGGGGCAAAACCAGGCUGGUUCCUUGGCCUCAGGCUUUCCUGGGUCGGGGACACAGUGAAGAGGCUACAGCGGGAUCUGCCCAUCAGUCCUGGGCCAGGAGAGCCUCCAAGCAGCACCCAGUGGGUGCUCAGACCCGGCAUGCGUGGCUGGCGGGCCUGGGAGAGCCAGGGCAGGCUUUUGCUUUCAGAGAACGAUUGCCCCAGAGACCCGUGGUGGGCUUCGUGGAUGCCGAGUGGCCCGUGUGGCAGUGAUGACACGAGGGCUGCGGCAUUUGAAUGGGGUGCAGGUGCACGGCAGGGCUUGGUGCUUGGAGGAAGCUGGGUGGCCUGGCUUCAGGGGAAGACAGGAGCCAGGACACACGUCAGCCCAGCAGGUGUGCAGGGUGCUGCAGCUCUCGGCAGUGGUGUCAGGCCCCCAGGGAUGUUUCCAACGGCGGGGGGCGGCCUGGCUGAGCCGGAGGAGACAUGUUCACGGGCAUCUAUGAGACACCCACAUGAGGAAGUUGAAUUAUUUGAGGACUGCUGCAAAGUA